AUGGCGAGUUUUUAUCUACUUUUGAUAUAUAUGCUUAUACGAUUAUCGCAAGCAAGCCCUACUUGUGGUAUAUAUAUGGACUGUAAAACAUGUGCUGAUGGUGGAAGUUGUCGCUGGUGCCCACUGGAUCGUAACUGCCAUGACAAGGAUUCUUUACGAAAUUCCUGCUUAAAGAACCAAAAUAUUGUAAGUUCAACAAUGUGCAAAGAAAUGAAGUAUGGGAAGUAUGACCCUAAAGCCGCAUUUUCGUAUACACUAAUGUCGGCUGCUGCAUACUCGAAAGACCCACAAUACUGCCUAAAACAGAUUUACCCUUCAAGUGAUUUUAAGAUAGAGAAACAAAUUAGACACAGAUGUGAAGAUUUGCCAUUAUUCAGACAUGAGGAGUGUUUUGCUUAUACCUCUGUUUCUCAUGAAAAGAAAAUCAUACUCGUGGCAUACAGAGGAACAAUUAUCCAUGGCUUGCAAAUUUUGGAUCAGAUUGUUUCAAUAUUAACUGAACCAAAAACUUCCUUCCCUGCCGGAGGGAAAGUUCAACACUAUUUUGCCAAUGCCCAUAAGAAGUUGUAUCAAGGAGUAAAUGCAAGUGUUACUUCCCUUCUUAAAACUUAUCCCACGUACGACAUUGUCAUCACAGGUCACUCGCUAGGUGGUGCCCUCGCCUCUCUCGCAGCUGUGUCUCUUGUUUAUCACAGAGUAGUUCCGGUCAGUCGAAUGUCCCUAUACACGUUCGGAUCACCUAGAGUUGGUGAUAAAGAAUAUGCCUUAAAUCAUGAUCAGCUUGUAAACAACAGUUGGAGAGUGGUCCAUAAUAGAGAUAUUGUGAGUCAUUUACCAACUUGUAACCUUAUUACAGGCUGUACUUUCCCAACAAAUGGACCUUACCACCAUCGUACGGAGAUCUUCUACCCUAAUGUGACAAUGAAUAAGGGUUCGCUAUACGUACACUGUAAAGGAGAUGAUGAUGAUAACUGCAGUGACGGAGCGAUCACGAACAAUCCUUGUACAAUAGAUUUAAUCCAAUGUAUUGAGUACCAUUUAGAUUAUUUUGGUCUUCAUGUAGGAACCAUCUGUGAUCAUGUUUAG